AAAGCCGGUCGAAGAAAAGAAGGAAGAAAACGAUAUCGUAUUCGCAUCUAUAUAUUGAGGAAAGCCCCUUUCUCACCUCCUUAUUCCCAAACGAUUAGGGUUUUCUAAUCGCGUUUCUGCAAUCGUCUCGAUUUUGGUCUGCUAUUCUGUAUUCCGGAAUUCCAUUGCUUUCGAAUCAUAAGGUGUUGGAACAACUAGGUUCAGGUUUGGCUUCGGAUCAGGUUCCUUUUGGCGGUGUCCUCGGUCGGUGGAGCUGUGCGAUUCCGGAGGAAAUUAGGGUUUCUGGACUUUGGCAAGGUUUUCUUCCUCCGUGCUUGUGAAUUUUGGUGAGAAUUGGUUAACUUCUCUUUGUGGGUGGAAGAAUCCGUGUCGCGUGUGAGAUGCGAGUGAGUGUGCGAUCAGAAUCUGUCUGAUCGAGCAAAUCCCACACUUGGGGUUCCUUCCUUUGUAUGGAAACUCGGAGCCGCAAGCGGGCGGAGGCCUCCACAACUGCCCCCUCUUCUUCCUCGUCGCCCUCCGGUCCCACCACCCGCAGCAAACGCGCUCGUCUCUCCUCCCCCGCCCUGCCUUCCUGUGCUACCGCCUUAACCACCACAAGCACCCGCUCUCGCUCCUCCCGCUCCUCAGCUACUGCUUCUGCUUCGAUGGACACAUCCACGGAGUCCUCUGGUUAUCGCCGAGGCGGCAGAGGUAACAGGGGUAAUGACAAUAGCAGCUCCGAUAAGGGAAAGGAGAAGGAGCAUGAAAUCAGGAUUAGAGAUAGAGAUAGAGAUAGAGAUAGAGGCCGAGAGCAACUUAAUUUUGAUACCAUGGGUGCUGGUGGUAGGAGUGGUGGCGAGGACGAUGACAAUGACAGUGAGGAUGGCAAUGUGGGAUUUAUGCAUCCCAACAUGAGUUCUGCAAGUAGUGCACUUCAAGGGUUGUUGAGGAAGCUUGGAGCUGGACUGGAUGACUUGCUUCCAUCAUCGGGUAUCGGAUCAGCCUCCUCUUCCCACUUGAAUGGGAGGUUGAAGAAAAUACUCUCUGGUCUGCGCGCGGAUGGAGAAGAAGGGAAGCAGGUCGAGGCUCUAACCCAGCUUUGUGAUAUGCUAUCCAUAGGGACUGAAGACUCUCUGAGCACGUUCUCAGUGGAUUCGUUUGUGCCAGUUCUUGUCGGUCUGCUUAACCAUGAGAGCAAUCCCGAUAUAAUGCUUCUUGCAGCGAGGGCUCUUACCCAUCUAUGCGACGUUUUGCCUUCAUCUUGUGCUGCGGUUGUGCACUACGGUGCGGUGUCGUGCUUCGUUGCUAGGUUGCUUACCAUAGAAUACAUGGACUUGGCUGAACAGUCAUUGCAGGCUCUCAAAAAGAUAUCUCAGGAGCACCCUACUGCGUGUUUGCGAGCUGGUGCUCUCAUGGCAGUGCUCUCUUAUCUCGAUUUCUUCUCCACUGGAGUUCAGCGUGUGGCACUGUCUACUGCUGCAAGCAUGUGUGAGAAGCUUCCUUCUGAUGCGGCUGAUUAUGUCAUGGAAGCUGUACCAUUGUUGACAAACCUGCUUCAGUAUCAUGAUGCAAAAGUGUUGGAAUAUGCUUCUAUUUGCCUUACGCGGAUUGCUGAAGCGUUUGCAUCAUGUCCCGAUAAAUUAGAUGAACUAUGUGAUCAUGGGCUGGUGACUCAAGCUGCCUCUCUUAUAUCAAUUAGCAGCUCAGGAGGUGGGCAAGCAUCUCUUAGCGUGUCAACUUACACAGGGUUAAUCCGAUUGCUUUCCACUUGUGCAAGUGGAUCUCCUCUUGGAGCCAAAACAUUGCUUCUUCUUGGUAUUAGUGGCAUUCUCAAGGAUAUUCUGGCUGGUUCUGGUGUCUCUGCAAAUGUAUCUGUCUCUCCAGCAUUGAGCAGACCCGCUGACCAGAUUUUUGAGAUAGUUAACCUGGCGAAUGAGCUCCUCCCUCCAUUACCACAAGGUGUUAUCUCCCUUCCAGCUAGCUCGAAUAUUUUUAUGAAAGGUUCCGCAGUCAAAAGAUCUCCUCAAAGAAAUUCUGGAAAACAAGAAGAUACAGAAGAAAAUGUUCCAGAUGCUUCACCUAGAGAGAAAUUACUGGAUGAUCGCCCAGAAAUUUUGCAGCAAUUUGGGAUGGAUCUUCUUCCAGUUCUAGUACAGAUUUAUGGUUCUAGUGUCAAUGGCUCUAUUCGCCAUAAAUGCCUCUCUGUUAUUGGAAAGUUGAUGUACUUCAGUACUCCUGAAAUGAUUCAAUCUCUACUUGGUGUUACAAAUAUAUCAGGCUUCUUGGCUGGUGUCUUGGCGUGGAAAGAUCCACAAGUCUUGGUUCCUGCCCUCCAAAUUGCCAAGAUUUUGAUGGAAAAGCUUCCCGGAAUUUUCUCUAAAAUGUUUGUUAGGGAAGGGGUUGUUCAUGCUGUCGAUCAGCUUGUUUUGGUUGGUAAACCAAACUCUCAGGCUUCUCCUGUCGACAAGGAUAAUGAUUGUAUUCCUGGUUCUGCGCGAUCAAGGCGCUACCGGCGGCGGAGUUGCAAUGCUAAUUCUGAUGGAAAUUCAUCUACUGAUCCCAAGAAUUCUGCUUCAAUGAAUGUAGGUGCAUCCCACAAUUCGAUGGAUACUCCUACAGCCAGCUUCAUGCUGAGGGAAACUGUUAGCUCAUGUGCUAGAGCUUUCAAAGAUAAAUACUUCCCAUCAGAUGGAGGGGAUCUUGAAAUUGGAGUUACAGAUGAUCUUAUACAUUUAAAGAAUCUUUGCAUGAAGCUAAAUACUGGUAUAGAUGAUCAAAAGGUGAAAGCAAAGGGAAAAUCUAGGGCUUCUGUGCCAUGUCUGGGUGAUUUUUCUGCCAGCAAGGAAGAGAACUUGAUUGCUGUCGUUUCUGAGAUACUCGGGGAUCUAAGCAAAGGGAAUGGUGUGUCUACGUUUGAGUUUAUCGGUAGUGGUGUUGUUGCAGCAUUGCUCAACUAUUUUUCGUGUGGAUAUUUUUCGAAGGAGAAGAUCUCUGAAGCUAAUUUGCCUAAACUUCGCCACGUAGGGCUCCAAAGGUUCAAGGCUUUCCUUGAAGUUGCACUUCCUUCUAAUGUUGAUGAGGGAAAGAUUCCCCCAAUGACUGUUAUGGUUCAGAAGCUUCAGAAUGCGUUAUCUUCGAUGGAGCGUUUUCCAGUAGUGCUUAGCCAUCCCUCAAGAUCUCUAGGUGGAAGUGCCCGCCUCUCGUCUGGCUUGAGUGCUUUGGCUCACCCUUUAAAAUUGCGACUAUGUCGUGCCCAAGGAGAGAAAUCUCUACGUGAUUACUCAUCAAAUAUUGUACUUAUAGAUCCACUGGCCAGCAUAGCAGCGGUUGAAGAAUUUCUUUGGCCCCGAGUUCAGCGAGGUGAAUCUGGUCUAAAGCCAGUUGUGGCUGCUGGAAAUUCUGAGUCAGGGACAAUGCCUGGUGGUACCGGUGUUUCAUCACCAUCAUCUUCCACUCCAGCUUCAACCGCUCGUCGCCAUUCUUCUAGAUCUAGAUCAGCAAUAAACAUAGGUGAUACACCAAAGAAGGAACCAUUGCAUGAGAAAGGCAUCAGCUCUUCUAAAGGAAAGGGCAAAGCUGUUUUGAAGUCUGCUCAGGAAGAUCUACGAGGGCCACAAACGAGGAGUGGCUCUCGAAGGAGAGCUGCACUUGACAAAGAUGCACAAAUGAAACCAGUUAGUGCGGACUCGAGUUCUGAGGAUGAGGAAUUGGAUAUGUCUCCUGUGGAUAUUGAUGAUGCAUUGGUGAUUGAAGAGGAUGAUAUCUCUGAUGAUGAAGAUGAUGAUCAAGAAGAUGUUCUUGAUGAUAGUCUCCCCUUGUGCACGCCAGAUAAAGUGCAUGAUGUGAAAUUGGGGGACUCGAUUGAUGAUGAUGGUAAUGGCCAUACAACCAGUGAUGGUCGAACAAAUCCAACUCCGGGUGCCACCAGUGGAGCAGCUGCAGCAAGAGGUUCUGAUUUGACUGAUACCGGCGUUAGGAAUUCGUAUGGUACCAGAGGUGCCCUCUCCUUUGCUGCAGCUGCAAUGGCUGGGCUUGGAUCUACCAAUGGUAGAUCUAUCAGGGGGAGUGGAGAUCGGCAUGGGCACGCUCUAUACCGUAGUUCUGAUGAACCCUCUAAGCUGAUAUUUAGUUCUGGAGGAAAGCAACUUGGUAGGCAUUUGACGAUUUAUCAGGCUGUUCAGCGACAACUUAUGCUGAAUGAAGAUGAUGAUGAGAGGUUUGGUGGCAGUGAUUUCAUCUCAAGUGAUGGAAGCAGAUACAACGAUUUUUACACCAUUAUGUACCAGAGGGCGGACAACCAUGUGGAUCGGAUGUCAGUUGGCGGAGCAAGUUCUACAACACCAUCAAAAUCGACUAAAUCUGCCAUUGGUUUGAGCUCAGAAUCUCAGACAUAUAGGGCAUCUCUUCUGGAUAGUAUCUUGCAAGGGGAACUUCCAUGUGAUCUUGAGAAGUCAAAUCCUACGUAUAAUAUAUUGGCAUUGUUGCGUGUGUUGGAGGGUUUGAAUCAGCUUGCUCCUCGUUUAAGAGCUCAAAUAGUGUCUGAUGAUUUUGCAGAGGGUAAAAUUACAAGCCUAGAUGAGUUGCAUACAACUGGUACUAGGGUUCCAUCUGAAGAAUUCAUAAAUAGUAAACUUACCCCAAAAUUAGCCAGGCAAAUUCAAGAUGCGCUUGCUUUGUGCAGUGGGAGUCUUCCCUCUUGGUGCUACCAGCUGACCAGAGCAUGUCCGUUCUUGUUUCCUUUUGAGACCCGAAGACAAUAUUUCUACUCCACUGCUUUCGGAUUGUCUCGAGCAUUGUAUCGCCUGCAACAACAACAAGGUGCUGAUGGUAGUGGGUCUACAAAUGAAAGAGAGAUGAGGAUAGGGAGAUUACAGCGUCAAAAAGUCCGUGUAUCCCGAAAUAGGAUUUUGGAUUCUGCUGCAAAAGUUAUGGAGAUGUAUUCUAGUCAAAAGGCUGUGCUUGAAGUAGAGUAUUUUGGUGAAGUUGGCACUGGUUUGGGUCCUACCCUUGAGUUCUACACACUUCUGAGCCAUGAUUUGCAAAAAGUUUCGCUUGGGAUGUGGAGAUCAAAUUUUGGAGACAUGACUCCCAUGCAAACGGUUGGAGAAGAAAGUAAGAAGGGGAAAUCAUCUGCCGCUACUGACGGAGAUGUUGUUCAAGCACCUCUUGGAUUGUUUCCUCGACCUUGGACUCCGAAUGCGGAUGCUUACGAAGGCAGUCAGUUACAUAAAGUAAUAGAGUAUUUCCGGCUUCUAGGGCGUGUCAUGGCGAAAGCCCUUCAAGAUGGUCGUCUAUUGGACCUGCCACUGUCUACAGCAUUUUAUAAGCUUGUUCUUGACCAUGAGCUUGAUUUGCAUGAUAUCGCUUCAUUUGAUACUGAACUUGGCAAGACUUUGCAAGAACUGUAUGUUCUUGUUGGCCGGAAAAAGUAUCUGGAAUCAGUAGGUCGUGACAACUGCCAUGCGGUUUCUGGUUUACAUUUCCGUGGAUCACGGAUAGAAGACCUCUGCUUGGACUUCACCCUGCCUGGUUAUCCCAAUUACAUCUUGAAACCAGGAGAUGAAACUGUUGAUAUUAAUAGCCUUGAGGAGUAUAUAUCCCUGGUUGUUGAUGCGACAGUUAAGACAGGAAUUGCUCGACAGAUAGAAGCUUUCAGAUCUGGGUUCAAUCAGGUGUUUGACAUCACAUCUCUACGGAUAUUCACACCGUUUGAAUUGGACUACUUGCUCUGUGGUCGAAGAGAGCUCUGGGAGGUCGAGACACUAGCUGAACAUAUCAAAUUUGAUCAUGGUUAUACUGCCAAGAGUCCUGCAAUAAUUAAUUUACUGGAGAUAAUGGGGGAAUUUACAGCAGAGCAGCAGAGGGCUUUCUGCCAAUUUGUUACUGGAGCUCCCAGGCUUCCUCCUGGUGGCUUGGCGGUUCUGAAUCCUAAGCUAACAAUUGUUAGAAAGCACUCGUCAACAGCUACUGCAGCAUCCAAUGGAAUGGGGGCUUCAGAGACAGCCGACGAUGACCUGCCCAGCGUCAUGACGUGCGCAAACUACCUUAAGCUCCCUCCAUACUCUACAAAGGAAAUCAUGUACAAGAAACUGCUGUAUGCUAUCAAGGAAGGGCAAGGAUCUUUCGACUUGUCUUAAAUAAUCUUAACCAAAGUCAGGCUCUAUUCUGUAUGUACAUUACAAGGAAAGACACCCAGGGAGAGAGAUGCUUCUCAUUGAUUUUGAUUUUUUACUGCAAAAGGAGGCGGAGUAUAUGCCCCAGAAGCAGGCUCCGCAGGAAGGCUUCUUCUUCUUCUUCUUCUUCUUCAUCUUCUUCAUCUUCUUCUUCUUCUUCUUCUUCUUCUUUGAUGUACAUAAGAGGGAUAAUUAGGGCUCUCUCUCUCUCUCUCUCUAAAUGACGGUGAAUUUCAUUUCAUUUGGUCUUUAAAACUUGAAAACGUCAACUUUGCUCAGCGCUCCUUCGUAGUCAAUUUUUUUUUGUCACUUGCAUAAUGUACGGUCUGUUUCAGGAAAUAAAUAGCCCUCGCUGUAAUCGCUGGUGUACCGAUCUGAUUCAGUCAAAGUAAGAGCUAAACAGUGUUACCA